AACUAUAGUAUUAUGAACACUAUUGCGUUAGAACAUAUUAUUGAAACUUUUUCUGAAGUUUAUAGUGAUAAUAAUAAUAGUAUCAUAAAUUUAGAAGCUUUUGCUAAAGUUUAUAUGAAUAAUAAUAUUGUGGAAUUAGUGCAUACUUUUGAAAAUUAUAUAGAUAAUAGUAUUUUGGAGCCAGAACAUACAUUUGCAACUUUUGCUAAAGCAUGUGCAACAAUAGAGCAAUAUGUUGCACAAACCAAGGCUGUUAUAAUUAUAAGUAAAAUGACAAAAAAUUCAGAUAAUAGUGACUAUCGACAAGCACUUUUUGCAUGUGAAAAGCAAGGAAAAUACUGCAGAACGAAUGAUGUAUAUAAAACAAACACUGUUGUGCGUAAGUUUGAUAAGGAUGAUCUUGGAUUAAUAGAAAGACUUCAUGAUAAUAGACUCAGAACAAAAGAUAUUUUUUCUAUAUUAGCUUCAGCAUAUCGUAGUGCAUUCUCUGAAUUCACAAUUGCAAGAAAUGUUUUAAUUGUUGAUGCAACGUACAAGAUGAAUAGAAUUUCUAUGCCAUUAGUAGUUAUUUGUAGCAUUGAUCGCUUUGGGUCUACAUAUCCAUUGGCAUUCGCACUUGUUUAUUUUGAGACAAAGAAUUAUUAUAGCUGGGUAAUGCAACAAUUGAACAAAGCAUUAACCAUGUUGACAGGUAAUGCACAGGUUGCGACAUUUAUAACAGAUCGUGAGAUAGCUCUAAUUAUAGCAAUUUCUGAAGAAUUUCCCCAAGCAAGACAUCAGUUAUGUACUUGGCACAUCUUCAAGAACAUUAGAAAUAAGCUUAAAAAGCUUGUUAAUAUUGAUGAAUUUAUUAAAGCUAUUCAGAAACUUACAUAUGAUGAUAGUCUAGAAACUCACCAUAUUGAACAAGAGAUUAUAGCAUUAUGGAGACAAUUUCUGGAAGCCAAAUCGUAUAUGUGUGAAAUCUGGAUGCUAUACAAAAAUAGUUGGCUUGCACCAUAUACAAAACAUAAUAUAAACCUUGAUCUAAAAUCAAGCCAGCGUGUAGAAAGUUUACACAGUAAGCUAAAAGGUAUUGAAAAUAGAAUUACUCCAAUUGACAGAAAGAUCACAAAAGCUUGCAUAUGUUACAUUUUUACAUCAAAACAUGUAAAUGAUGAUGCAAAUUCAGAAUUGGAAGAGUUACGGCUAGUGUAUUCACAAUUUGCAUUUGAAUUAUUUGUAAAGCAGCAAGGAGUUCUUGCAAAAUCAGGUGCUUAUAAGGUGUAUGAAAGUAGCAGCGGCACAUAUAAUGUAAUACAAACUGAUGAUAAAGCUA